UCGGCUCCGACUCCUCCUCCCGAUCUCGCUCCGUUCUCUGCAGUAUCACGUGCAACCACCCCGGGUGCAGGAUGGCGGCUGCGGCAACAGCGGUGGGUGUCAGGCUCCGGGACUGCUGCAGCCGAGGCGCUGUGCUCCUGCUCUUCUUCUCCCUGUCCCCUCAGCCCCCGGCUGCCGCCGCUUGGCUGCUGGGCCUGCGGCCCGAGGAUACCGCUGGAGGCCGCGUGUCCCUGGAGGGGGGCACCCUGCGCGCGGCGGAAGGCACCAGCUUCCUCCUGCGCGUCUAUUUCCAGCCCGGGCCCGCUGCGCCCGCGGCGCCGAUGCCCGCACCUACCCUUUCCCCGGGAGAGAACGGCACCGGCGACUGGGCUCCGCGGCUCGUGUUUAUCGAGGAGCCCUCGGGAGCGAGCGGCGUGGCGCCCAGCGCUGUCCCCACGCGCCCGCCGGGGCCGCAGCGCUGCCGCGAGCAGAGCGACUGGGCGUCGGAUGUGGAGGUCCUAGGGCCCCUGCGACCCGGAGGCGUGGCGGGCUCGGCUUUAGUCCAGGUGCGGGUGCGGGAGCUGCGUAAGGGCGAGGCAGAGCGGGGCGGUGCAGGCGGUGGCGGGAAGCUCUUCUCGCUGUGCGCCUGGGAUGGGCGCGCCUGGCACCACCACGGCGCCGCCGGCGGCUUCCUGCUGCGCGUCCGCCCUCGGCUGUACGGCCCCGGCGGGGACCUGCUGCCCCCCGCGUGGCUGCGAGCGCUCGGGGCGCUCCUGCUGCUCGCCCUGUCUGCCCUCUUCAGCGGCCUUCGCCUGAGCCUGCUCUCGCUGGACCCGGUGGAGUUACGGGUGCUGCGGAAUAGCGGCUCCGCCGCAGAGCAGGAACAGGCGCGCCGCGUGCAGGCCGUGCGCGGCAGGGGGACCCAUCUGCUCUGCACCCUGCUCCUGGGUCAAGCCGGAGCCAACGCUGCCCUGGCUGGCUGGCUGUACGCCUCGCUGCCGCCGGGCGUCGGGGGCACCGGGGAAGAUUACAGCGAGGCAGGGAUCCACUUCCCGUGGCUGCCGGCGCUCGUGUGCACCGGAGCCGUGUUUCUGGGCGCCGAGAUCUGCCCCUACUCGGUGUGUUCGCGCCACGGGCUGGCCAUCGCCUCGCACAGCGUGUGCCUGACUCGGCUCCUGAUGGCGGCCGCCUUCCCCGUGUGCUACCCGUUGGGCCGUCUACUGGACUGGGCGCUGCGUCAGGAGAUCAGCACCUUCUACACUCGGGAGAAGCUGCUGGAGACGCUACGGGCCGCGGACCCCUACAGCGACCUCGUGAAGGAGGAGCUCAACAUCAUCCAGGGCGCCUUGGAGCUACGCACCAAGGUGGUAGAAGAGGUGCUGACCCCCCUCGGGGACUGCUUCAUGCUGCGCUCUGACGCGGUGCUAGACUUUGCCACGGUCUCGGAGAUCCUGCGCAGCGGCUACACUCGCAUCCCCGUGUAUGAGGGCGAUCAGCGGCACAACAUUGUGGACAUUCUGUUUGUCAAGGACUUGGCCUUCGUGGACCCCGACGACUGCACGCCGCUCCUCACCGUCACCCGCUUCUACAACCGGCCUCUUCACUGCGUCUUCAAUGAUACUCGGCUGGACACCGUGCUGGAGGAGUUUAAGAAGGGAAAAUCUCACCUGGCCAUUGUCCAGCGGGUGAAUAAUGAGGGAGAAGGGGACCCCUUCUAUGAGGUGAUGGGCAUUGUCACUCUGGAGGACAUCAUAGAGGAGAUCAUUAAGUCGGAGAUCCUGGAUGAAACUGACCUCUACACCGACAAUCGGAAAAAGCAGAGGGUCCCACACCGGGAGAGGAAGCGGCAUGACUUCUCCUUGUUUAAGCUUUCCGACUCGGAGAUGAGGGUGAAGAUCUCCCCACAGCUUCUGCUGGCCACGCACCGCUUCAUGGCCACAGAGGUGGAACCCUUUAAAUCUCUGUACCUUUCGGAGAAGAUCCUGCUCCGGCUCCUGAAACAUCCCAAUGUGAUCCAGGAGCUAAAGUUUGACGAGAAGAACAAGAAGGCCCCAGAACACUACCUCUACCAGCGCAACCGCCCCGUGGACUACUUUGUGCUGCUUCUCCAGGGUAAAGUAGAAGUGGAGGUUGGUAAGGAAGGCCUUCGCUUCGAGAAUGGAGCCUUCACCUACUAUGGUGUCCCAGCCAUCAUGACCACUGCUUGCUCAGAUAACGAUGUGCGGAAAGUUGGAAGUCUGGCUGGAUCCUCUGUCUUUCUAAACCGGUCCCCUUCUCGCUGCAGCGGGUUGAACCGCUCUGAGUCUCCAAACCGCGAGCGCAGUGACUUUGGGGGGAGCAACACCCAGCUGUGCAGCAGCAGCAACAACCUCUACACUCCCGACUACUCAGUGCACAUCCUCAGCGAUGUGCAAUUUGUGAAGAUCACUCGGCAGCAGUACCAGAAUGCACUCACUGCCUGCCACAUGGACAGCUCACCCCAGUCCCCCGACAUGGAGGCCUUUGCUGACGGAGACUCCACCAAAGCCCCUACGACCCAGGGUACACCCCAGACCCCCAAGGAUGACCCUGCCAUCACCCUCCUGAGCAACAGAAACAGCCUGCCGUGCAGCCGCUCAGAUGGGCUGAGAAGCCCCGGCGAGGUCGUGUACCUGAGGAUGGAGGAGAUGGCCUUCACCCAGGAAGAAAUGACGGACCUCGAGGAACAGAGCACACAGCAGCUCUCACUGUCUUCUGCAGCUAUUCCUACGACAGCAGCAUCAGAUAGUGAAUGUUGUAAUAUCAACCUGGACACAGAGACCAGCCCCUGCAGUAGCGACUUUGAGGAAACCGUGGGCAAGAAGCUGCUGAGAACCUUGAGUGGUCGAAAAAGGAAGAGGUCACCUGACGGAGAGAGAGCCUCUGAAGAGAACUCCAAUUUAAUGCCUCUGAUCACAUGACAGGGCAGACAGUGUUUGCUGGGUGUAUGAGAUUCAAGAGCUUUGAGGGAGAACCCACCCUCCCAUCUUCUGUGUCUCCCGAGGCCUCCCACAGGUGACAGAGCAUUCUGCUUUCCUUACCACCUCUUCACCCCUAGCAGUCAGUUUGGCAGAUUUCCCCUUGUUGCCUCCAGUUUGACUCAGAGCCUUGCUGUGCCCAUCAUGGAUGGAGGGGCCUCCGGUGGAACAUGCUAGAAAUGAUCUUCUCCACGGCACAGUCUGGGACUGGAGAAGAAAUGACCCCAAGCUGACAAUGCCACUCUGGGACCCGACUCCCUUUUUGUUCUUUGGGAUCCCCCCAUGCCAUAUUUCAUGCUUAGCUUAGCUCAGAAGGCGCCACCGACAGACAGGCAUAUAGGCGGCUGGAGCAGCAGGUAUGAAGGUCAGUUCAGGAGAUACACCAAGAGUUUCUCCAGGACUUUAGAGCUGUGGGACUCGGCAACGGUGGCAUGUGAUGUUACAGAACAGAAAACUGUCGGUGACCAGUUUCCUGUUAGAUAAGGAUUCUAGCAGCCUGGGAAGUGUGUCUCAGCUGGAAUGGAAAGACAAUGAGAUGGAACAUCAAGUCACCGUCUUGCCCAGGGACACAUCUUUUUGGCUCCCUAUCAGCAGUUAUCAAUCCAUCAAUAAAUCUGCUCUGGAAGAGAAGGAGCAGAGAACAGAGACCCAGUUGGGAGCCAGAGAUGGAAUUUCAGGUUUUAAGUUCAAAUCAAAGCAAACAAACAAAAACUUAUGUAGAAAAAUUCUAAGCUGUUAAAGCAAGUAUAGCCAUGACAAACCAAAGAGUGCCCAGGUCAGCCAAGAAGGAUGCAAGCUCUCAUGGGACUUCAAUGUGCAUUAAACAGGAACAUUGAAGAA